AUAAAAUGUAAAAGAUCCAUUGCAUUAAAUACUCCCACAAUACAAGCAGUAGGGAAAUGACAUUAAAUACCCUUUUCCAACCAAAUUCUAUAUAUAACAGGCAAAUUAUUUAUCACCCUACCCAACACUUCUGCACUAUUUUACUGCUUUACAAUUUUAUCAGGCCCAUUUUCAGACCUUCCUACAGGAAGAGAAAAAAAAAAAACUUACAACUAUUUUUCUUCCCUUCUUUUUUUUGUUUUUGUUUAAUUUCAUAUUUUAUUUUCUAUACUAUAUACCCUUUUAAAUCUCAAUGUCCUCUACUGCUUGUAAUGAAAAAGAAGUUGAAGAAAAAAUGAAGGUGGGUUGGAGAAAUUUUGGGGUUGCUUCAGAGACUAUCUUUGAAGAUGAAGAUGAACACGAACAUGAAACCGAAGACGAUGAGGAUGAACUAGAGUCUCUUGGUUCACCUCCUCUUUCUUCUCCUUCUUCUCCUCUUCAGUCCGGUGUUGACGCUUGGACGGAAGCAACGGGAAGGAAACCAGACGUUAAGAUACAAGUACGAGGCGUAUGUUUUCACUUGCACAAGGAUGUUUUAGUUUCAAAAAGUGGUUACUUUAAGCGCCAUUUAACAAGGGUUUCCGAACUCACUCUUUCUCCACCGUUAAAAGUUGCGGCAGACACCUUCAAACAAGUUGCCGAUUUCUGUUACAGCAAUUUCGCCGUUAUGACACCGUCCAAUCUCGUUGCUCUUCGUAUAACGGCCCAACUCCUAGAAAUGGACGGCAUUGUAGGUGAAGAAAGCCUCCGUGAGUUAACGGAGUCUUACUUCCGUGAGGUGGUUAUUGUAAAUAGAACGUUAAUAUGUAACGUUUUUCGUUCGAGUUUGUCGUUGCUUCCUGAGGCAGAGCAAACGGCGUUUCUUCCUAGUAGAUGUAUUGAAGCAUUGUUGGAUGACGGCGAAGGAGAUGGAGCUGUUAGUUGUGCUGACGGACUUAAGACGGUUUCGCCUGAGGGGAUCAAAGUGAUUGCGGACUCUAUGCAGGGGAGAUAUACGGCUAGUCAUGAUCUUCUCUAUAGAGUCAUCGAUCUUUAUUUUCUGGUAUACAAUGGAAAAAUGUCAGAAGAACAGAAGACACAAAUAACAAGCUGCAUAGAUUGUAGCAUACUAUCUCCAACACUCCUAAUGCACGCCGUACAAAACCCACGUAUGCCUCUUCGUUUCAUAGUCCAAGCCAUGCUUAUUGAACAACUCAACACUCAUCGUUCUCUUUUCUCCGUCAUUAACCCUAACACAACUACGAAUCCCCUACAACACUCCCAAUAUGACCCACGGACCGACUCCCCGGCCACCCUAGGAGCAAUCCUAGAGAGGGAUGCAGCCCUACGCCAGGUUACACAACUACGAUCAGCAAUUGACACGACGUGUUCAAGGAUACAAAGCCUAGAGAAGGAAUUAUGUGGUAUGAAGAAGCUUCUUAUGGAGUCUGAAAGAGAGAAACAAAAGGGUGGUGGUAGUGCUUCAUUGAUGGAUGAUCAAAGGAGGACUUCGAGUUGUCGCUUUAAUAAUAAUAAGGUGGAGAGGGGAGAAAGAGGGUCGAUUUCUUCGAGUUUUUUGAGGUUCGGAGGGAGUAGUAAUAAUAACAAUAAUGGUGAAUUUUGUGAUAUGAAUAUGGGAUCAUCUUCGUGUUUGGAUGACAAUAGUGAAGAGAAUAAUAAUAAGGUUGUGAAGAGGAAUUUAAGGCAGAGGUUAAUUAGGGGUUUAAGAAAUGCUUUUGGAGUUUCUAGUAGUAAUUCUAAGGUUAAAGACAAUGGGAGAUUUGAUGGAGGGGUGAGAAGAGGAAGAGUUCUUAAUAGCUAGCUAGUAUUAGACUGAAUUAGUUGAAGGCUCUUUGAUUUCUUUGGGUUAAUUAUUGUGUUAAUUACUUUGUUUGAGCCAUUGGUUGAAUUAGUUUGUAGUAUAAAAGCAAAUUUUCAGGGGGGAAAUGUAAGUACAAUGAUAAAUUUGAGUGUGUUUUGCUUUGAUUUAAAACUUACAAUUUUCGUCUAGUA